AUGACGAUGGAAGCGUUGCUGACACCCAAAACGCCGAAUAUGCCAACGGGACCCGUACAAACUACACAGAACUCCUACUCCGGCACCCAACGAUACUGUACGGCUCCGAAUGUGGAUAUUGGAGAGUCGAAAACCAAUUUAAUCAUCAAUUAUCUACCACAAGGAAUGACACAAGAAGAAGUCCGGUCCCUUUUUACAAGUAUAGGAGAAAUUGAAUCCUGUAAACUGGUUCGGGACAAAGUAACAGGCCAGUCCCUUGGUUACGGUUUUGUUAAUUACGUACGAGAAGAGGAUGCCCUGCGUGCGGUCAGCUCGUUCAACGGUCUUCGGUUGCAGAAUAAAACGAUCAAGGUCUCCUAUGCACGACCGUCAAAUGAUCAGAUCAAAGGAUCGAAUUUGUAUGUGUCCGGAAUUCCGAAAUCGAUGACGUUACACGAGUUGGAGGGCAUUUUUCGACCGUUUGGACAAAUUAUAACAUCGAGGAUUUUAUCGGAUAAUGUUACUGGUCUCUCAAAAGGAGUGGGAUUCGUGCGAUUCGACAAAAAAGACGAGGCAGAUACGGCGAUCAAAACGUUAAACGGAAGUAUACCAACAGGAUGUUCCGAACAGAUUACUGUAAAAUUCGCGAAUAAUCCGGCUAGCAACAAUCCGAAAGGAUUAUUAGGCGAGCUGGAGGGAUUACAACAGGCAGCAACGACACUCGUUCCAUUGAGCACGAUUUUGGGAGCACCGACGUUAAGGGCAGCCGCUGGAGGAAUCGGACCAAUGCAUCAUACGCCGAUUACUUCGAAAUAUAGAUACUCUCCAAUGGGUGCAAUCACCGCAGUCUCUCAACCAACAGCCACCCUCCCAGCCGACUACCUUACAACAUCAGCUCUUCUUCAAAUGUCUCAACUGAAUGCCCUAGCUGGAUUAACGCCAUUCACAGCGACCGCGGUUCCAGACUUCACAGCUUCCCUUCUAGCCCAUCAGCAACAACAGCAAGCGGCGGCCCAACAACAAGUCGCACAGACUGCAAGUCCUCCAGCAGCCAACGGAGCUGGAAUCGCUGCUCAUGCUCAGCUAUCGGCACUGUCGGCUAGUGUAGCUGCCACGCUACCGCCAUCAGAUACUGCGGGAUACUGUCUUUUUGUGUAUAAUCUAGCGGCGGAUACGGAUGACACACUGCUAUGGCAGCUGUUUUCACAGUUUGGCGCGAUUUUGAAUGUUAAGGCAGAUACGGCGAUCAAAACGUUAAACGGAAGUAUACCAACAGGAUGUUCCGAACAGAUUACUGUAAAAUUCGCGAAUAAUCCGGCUAGCAACAAUCCGAAAGGAUUAUUAGGCGAGCUGGAGGGAUUACAACAGGCAGCAACGACACUCGUUCCAUUGAGCACGAUUUUGGGAGCACCGACGCUAAGGGCAGCCGCUGGAGGAAUCGGACCAAUGCAUCAUACGCCGAUUACUUCGAAAUAUAGAUACUCUCCAAUGGGUGCAAUCACCGCAGUCUCUCAACCAACAGCCACCCUCCCAGCCGACUACCUUACAACAUCAGCUCUUCUUCAAAUGUCUCAACUGAAUGCCCUAGCUGGAUUAACGCCAUUCACAGCGACCGCGGUUCCAGACUUCACAGCUUCCCUUCUAGCCCAUCAGCAACAACAGCAAGCGGCGGCCCAACAACAAGUCGCACAGACUGCAAGUCCUCCAGCAGCCAACGGAGCUGGAAUCGCUGCUCAUGCUCAGCUAUCGGCACUGUCGGCUAGUGUAGCUGCCACGCUACCGCCAUCAGAUACUGCGGGAUACUGUCUUUUUGUGUAUAAUCUAGCGGCGGAUACGGAUGACACACUGCUAUGGCAGCUGUUUUCACAGUUUGGCGCGAUUUUGAAUGUUAAGAUCCUUCGCGACAUCUCCCAAAAAUGCAAGGGCUACGCGUUCGUCUCGAUGAGCACCUACACAGAGGCCUAUAAUGCAAUGGUGUCUCUGAAUGGAACAAAUUUGGCUGGAAAACCCCUCCAAGUCGUUUUCAAAUCCUCCACACCAUAUCGUGCCUAA